AUGGCGAUACAGUUGGGAUAUUUGCUGGUAAUCGCUACCAACUGCAAGGCAUUAUUUAUUGCAUCAUCCAUUGGACCUAUAGACACAGACGCACAUAUUUAUUACAUUACCACAAAGGUAGAAGUAGGGGCUUGCUUGGAACAGCUCAUUACGUUCGAUCGAUCUCCGUCCCAGGAACUUUUCAACUGUUAUAAGUAUGAGGACUUCCUUACUGGUGGCACCAACAGAUCUAUAAGCGACUUAAAGUUUAAGCUGGCUGAGACUCAAUUUACAUCUGGUACUACUGGCCUUCCGAAAGCUUGCAUGCUUACACAAAAGAACCUGCUCAACGACGGCCGAUACGUGGGGCAGGCUAUGCGACUAACUCAGGAAGAUAUUGCAUACUGUCUACCACUGCUUUGUCACUGUUUUAGCCUAGUUAUGGGCUUCCUUGCUUCCUUCACACAUGGUAGCGCAAUUAUGUUUCCUUUAAACAAAUUCAAUGCCAGGGAGACUCUCGAUGCGGUCGAGUCAGAAAAGGCUACUGCACUACUCGGUAUACCCACAAUAUUUGUAUCAGAACUGCAACAGAUGGAGUCACAGCCUCAGAACAUCACAACAGUGCGCACUGGUCUUGUUGCUGGCUCACCUGUAUUACCCAGUUUAAUGGAUGAGCUCAGAGCCAAGAUCAAUAUCAACGGCAUGCUUAUUGCAUAUGGCAUAACUGAGACGAGCCCUAUCACCUUCAUCACUUCUCUAGACAAUCCGGAAGACAGGAUGCUGACCAGUCUCGGUCGUGUUCUUCCCCAUACCGCAGCCAAGAUAGUUGACACCAAAGGAAACAUGGUUCCCGUUGGUGAGCGCGGAGAGAUCUGUACCAGUGGGUUUGCGUUGCAAAAGGGAUACUACAGAGACGAGGGAAAAACACAGGGGGCAAUGUGGCGGGACGAGAAUGGCGUGUUGUGGAUGCAUACUGGGGACGAGGGUUACUUAGAUGAAGAAGGAUACGGCUUCAUCACUGGUCGCAUCAAAGAUCUGAUUAUUCGAGGUGGUGAGAAUCUAUCUCCAAGCGAGAUUGAAAACCAGCUACUACGUCACCCAACAAUCAGAGAAGCCUGCGUCGUGGCAGUCAAGGACAAGGUUCACAAUAUAGAGAUCAUGGAUUGGGUUUUGAAUGAUCUCAGUCCAGUCAAGGUGCCGGCGUUUAUCUUCUGGCUUGGUCACCAAGGCGUGGAUGCUGAGUUGCCCAAGAUAGGAAGCGGCAAGUAUUAG